AUGGUUCAAAUUGGUGAGGAAAAAGAGAAUCGCGAAAAAGAAAAGGUUUUGAAUUCCAAUUCAAAUUCAAGUCCAAAUUCAAAGAAUUCGGAGGAGAAGAAAACCGAAGCAGAAGUAACGGUGACACUGAGUGAUCCCGAGCAAGAACAAGAAAAAGAAAAGGAUCCAAUGGAGAUGAAUGUAGAAGAAGAAAAUGAUCAAGACUCAUUCUCGCCAACUCUCGACACUAUUUUUCAAAUCUGCCUUGAACAACUAGUGAUAUAUUCACUUCACAAGAUGAAUUACCCCCAAGUUUGUCGCAAUUUCAGUGUUGUUGCUUGGUGUGGAAAAUUGAAUGCUAUAGCUUGUGCUUCUAAAGCAUGUAUCAGUGAUCCAAGCUCAAUUCUAAGUCCAACAUUUUUUAUCCUUGUGCAUAAUUUGAUCCUAGAGAGGCCAACUGAAUGUGCGGUAUUCAAUGUCAUAGCAGAUUCUCCUCGUGAUCCUACCCAGUUUAUUGAAUGGUCCCCUUCCUGUUGUCCCCGUGCAUUAUUGAUAGCAAAUUUCCAUGGAAGGGUAACUAUUUGGACUCAACCAUCUUAA